UGCUGCUUCCGAACCGUUCUCCAGCGCACGCAUUAUGGACGCCGCCAGAAUCGGGAGGAAAAAUCAAGAUAUUGAAGACCUGUCGAAUGUAGAGUUCGAAACAAGCGAAGAUGUUGAGGUGGUGCCGACAUUCGAUAAUAUGAAUCUUCGCGAGGAUCUCCUUCGGGGAAUCUAUGCCUACGGGUUUGAGCGGCCCUCCGCCAUCCAGCAGCGCGCCAUCCGCCCCAUCCAGAAGGGCCGCGACGUGAUCGCGCAGGCGCAGUCGGGCACCGGCAAGACAGCCACCUUCUCCAUCUCGGUGCUGCAGAGCCUGGACACCACGCUGCGGGAGACCCAGGUGCUCAUCCUGUCACCCACCCGCGAGCUGGCCGUCCAGAUCCAAAAGGUGAUCCUGGCGCUGGGCGACUACAUGAACGUGCAGUGUCACUCGUGCAUCGGCGGCACCAGCCUCGGCGAGGACAUCCGCAAGCUUGACUACGGCCAGCACGUGGUCUCCGGCACGCCCGGCCGUGUCUUCGACAUGAUCCGCCGCCGCACGCUGCGCACCCGCUCCAUCAAGAUGCUCGUGCUAGACGAGUCAGACGAGAUGCUCAACAAGGGCUUCAAGGAGCAGAUCUACGACGUGUACCGUUACCUGCCGCCGGCCACGCAGGUGGUGCUGCUGUCGGCCACGCUGCCGCACGAGAUCCUGGAGAUGACCAGCAAGUUCAUGACGGACCCCAUCCGCAUCCUGGUGAAGCGUGAUGAGCUGACGCUGGAGGGCAUCAAGCAGUUCUUCGUGGCCGUCGAGCGCGAGGAGUGGAAGUUCGACACCCUCUGCGACCUGUACGACACGCUGACCAUCACCCAGGCCGUCAUCUUCUGCAACACGAAGCGAAAGGUGGACUGGCUGACGGAGAAGAUGCGGGAGGCCAACUUCACCGUCACCUCCAUGCACGGCGACAUGCCGCAGAAGGAGCGCGAGGCCAUCAUGAAGGAGUUCCGAGCAGGUCACAGCCGGGUGCUGAUCACCACGGACGUCUGGGCGCGCGGCAUCGACGUGCAGCAGGUGUCGCUCGUCAUCAACUACGACCUGCCCAACAACCGCGAGCUCUAUAUCCACCGGAUCGGCCGCUCGGGACGCUUCGGCCGCAAGGGCGUGGCCAUCAACUUCGUCAAGGCGGACGACAUCCGCAUCCUGCGCGACAUCGAGCAGUACUACUCAACGCAGAUCGACGAGAUGCCCAUGAACGUGGCCGACCUGAUAUAAGGACGCAAGGGGAACGGUGGGAGGACACCGUCGGCUUCAUCGCUCCAUUUGCACUGUAUUAUCGUUUGAGCUCAUUAACAUACCCGCGCCGAUGGCACCUGACAUCUGAAACCCGGAGCAAAGGUCGGGGAGGAUGGCAUGGACGGUAUGAGUCUGUCCAUGCCAUGCACGCUGUCACAAUAAAUACUGGAAAAAGC